CUCAUCACCAUUGGUUGGAAAUACAAUGAAAAAUUUCAACCAAUCAUGAAUCAGUUUCUAUACCAGAAGGAAGGGAUAAAAAGGCUGGAUUCGGGCGGGGCGCUAAUUUCUCCAGUUUUUGCUUUUUAAAAAGUGCUUUGGGUUUGUGAACUAGAGAGUCAAUGUCGGGUCGAGGAAAGCAGGGAGGUAAAGUGAGGGCAAAGGCCAAGUCUCGUUCUUCGCGAGCGGGGUUACAGUUUCCUGUAGGUCGUGUGCACCGGCUGCUCCGCAAAGGUAAUUAUGCUGAGAGGGUGGGGGCUGGCGCCCCGGUUUACAUGGCAGCGGUGCUGGAGUAUCUGACCGCUGAAAUACUGGAGCUAGCUGGCAACGCUGCGCGAGACAACAAGAAAACCAGGAUCAUCCCCCGUCACCUGCAGCUCGCUAUCCGUAACGACGAGGAGCUCAACAAACUGUUGGGGAAAGUCACUAUUGCUCAAGGUGGUGUCCUGCCCAACAUCCAGGCUGUGCUCCUGCCUAAAAAAACUGAGAGCCAUAAGGCGAAGAGCAAGUAAAAGUGACAGUAUAUUAAAUCAACCCAAAGGCUCUUUUCAGAGCCACC